AUGCUUAAUUCAUUUUUAAAAACUGAUUUUAUUACUAGAGGCCUUCCUUCUAUUUCAAAUGUAGAUUUAGAGAACAAGCCUCUUAUAGAACAAUUAGAGUAUUGUAACAUUAAUUAUUUAAUUUAUCUGUAUUCUACACCUACACACUAUAAAAAGUCAAUUAGAUUACUGCAGAAGUUUAUAAAAAGGAGUUUUAAAGAUUUAUUCGUUAUAGAACAAAUAUGGCUUACUUGUAUAAAGUUUAAUGACCGUAAAUUACUUGAAAUGAACAUGACUGUUUAUAAAAGAUUUUUUAAUAGAAGUCUUGAUAAAUUAAGAAUUUUUAAAGAAUUAGACGAGAACAAAAUAUCUGUAGAAGAUGAUGAGAUUAGGUUUUUUAACAAUAAAUGUACAGAAAUAUUUACUUUAUUGUGUAAUAAUAAUCAAUCAUUUACAUAUCAGAGCUUUUUAAUUUAUAAAAAAUACAAUAAUAACUUUUUUAUGGAUAUUGAUAAUAAAAUGGUAUAUAACUAUAAAUGUGGUACAGAUGAAUACAUAAAAAUUCUAAAAAAACUUAAAGAUUUUCUUUUGAACGGUUUAGAUAUUAAUAUAUUGUUUUUAUAUACAUACAUAAGUAAAAUGGGGUGUCUGUUAACAAAAUGUAAUAAAAAGUGCUACAGCGAGAAAGAAACCGAAUUGCGUAAAUUACUGUUAAAUGAUCUCUUUUUAGAAAAAGUGGGAAUUGAUGAUCGCAAUUUUUUACUAAAAUUUUUUAAAAGAAAUAAAGAGUGUCAUGAUACUGUAAAACUUAUAAAUUAUGAAAAGUUAGAACCACUACAGCCUGUCUUUAAGGCGGUGGUACAUACAAAUGAAAUAUCUUCUGAUAAUAAAUAUGUGACUAGAGAUUAUCGUAAUAAUGCACAUAAAAAGAACGUUUACACUGAAGAGAUGUAUAGUAUUAUUGGAUGCUUAUAUACUAAACGCGUCAGAGAUAAUCUGAUUAUUGAACAGACAAGAAGAAAGAAACUUAAGCACACUAAAAAAUUAAGAGUUAAAUAA